UAGCAGCUGCAAAUGAAACUUGAAGAUCAUAGCAAGCACCAAUUCACUUAUUCAAUUCUAUUUUCUGCUUCUUUUGAUACCAACUCAACCAUGUCGGACAAGUGUGGAAACUGCGAUUGCUCUGACAAGAGCCAGUGCGUGAAGAAGGGAAACGCCUAUGGUAUCGACAUCAUCGAGACAGACAUAAGCUACGUCGCGAUGGAUGCUCCAGCAGAGACCGAGAACUGUGGCAAGUGCAAGUGUGGUACAAGCUGCUCUUGCACCAAUUGCACCUGUUGUACUCACUGAUUACACGCAUAUCUAUAUGUAAUAUUUAGUAUGAUGAAAUAAGUUUGUGACAUUGUGGUCUGGUCUGGUGUGUUGUGUGUUAUUGAGUUAAAUUUGAGUGUCACAUUGUGUCCCUAUCAAUGUAAGGUUCAAAGUCUUUGUGGCGUUAAUAAACUCUAUUAUUAGUUUCUAAUA